UAAGCCAUUUUUAACUCCACCAAGCAAUUGAGCAUAUACACUUGUGUCCUCUUUUCCUUCUUCAUCUCUAUCAUGGCAGCUAAUGCAAUUGUUUCAACUGUGCUGGAAAAAUUGACUCCAACUGCUCUAGAUAAACUAGAGAAAGAGGUCCAAUGGGUUAUCAAUGUUCGUGAAGAAGUGGACAAGCUUAGAAGCAAUUUUGGAGCCAUCAAAGCCCUUCUAGAGCAUGCAGAGCGACAGCAAUUGGAAAGGGAAAAGGCCAGGGUUCGAGAUUGGUUGGACAAGCUCAAGGAAGUCUCUUAUGACAUUAAUGAUGUAUUGGAUGAAUGGAGCACUGCAAAUCUAAGGUCAGAACUUGAACUAGAGUUGAAGGUAUGUUCCUUCGAAUUCAUCCCCUCUCCUUCUUAUUACUUUAAUAGAAUCAUAUUGCUACUCAAAACUGCACACAAGAUACAAGCUUUGAGUAAGAGGCUGGAUGUUAUUGCAAAUGAGAGAGAAAGGUAUGGGUUUAGAGAGUUAAGUAGUAGUGAAAUGCCAGAACGUAGGGAAACCACUUCUUUCAUAGAUGUAGCAGAGGUGAUGGGUAGGGUUGAGGAUAAGGAGAGGAUAGUAAAUAUGUUGCUAAAUGAGGGUAGAAUUGAAGAAAUAGGAUCAAAACUUCAAAUGAUCUCCUUGGUAGGCAUUGGGGGGAUUGGGAAGACUACCCUUGCUAGACUAGCCUUUAAUAAUGAAGAAGUAAAGUCUCAUUUUGAAGCAAAAAUAUGGGUGUGUGUUUCUGAUACUUUCAAUGAGAUGAAAAUUGCCAAAGAUAUUCUUAAAUUUGUGAUUGGUAAUGCUGAUAAGGAUGUUAUUGAGAAAUUGCAUAAAUUGAAUUCUGAUGUUGAAAAAAUGGAUAAAUUGAGGGAUGCUAUUGUAGAAAUGGAGAAGUUGAGGGAUACUAUUGAAAGGUUAGACAAAUUGGAGGAUGUAUUGCGAUACCUUAAAACCUCAAUCAAGGGUAAGAAAUUCCUCCUUGUCCUAGAUGAUGUGUGGACUGAAGAGUAUGGAAAGUGGGAUCAAUUGAAACACUUGUUGUUGAGUAAUGGUUCCCAAGGAAGCAAGAUCUUAGUGACCACCCGUAAGGAGAAAGUAGCGAUAAGCAUGGGCUGCGAAUUGUUCAAAGUGGGACAGUUAUCUGGAGAAGAAGGUUGGUCAUUGUUUAGUCAAAUUGCUUUUUUUGGGAGGUCUAAUGAUGAUUGUAGAAGUUUGGAAGAAAUUGCUAGAGAAAUUGCAAAAAAGUGCAAAGGCUUGCCACUUGCUUUGAAGACAUUAGGUGGCCUUAUGCGUUGGAAAAAAAGCAUAACAGAAUGGCAAAGUGUGUUAAAAAGUGAAGUAUGGGAACUUGAAGAGGCUGAACAAGGUCUUUUCCACUCCUUAAUGUUUAGUUAUUUUGAUUUACCACCACACUUGAGGCAGUGUUUCUCAUAUUGUGCAAUCUUUCCAAAAGACUAUGUGAUAGAGAAAAAAAUGUUAAUCGAGUUAUGGAUGGCACAAGGUUUUCUCAAGGGGACUCAAGAUAUGGAGAUGGUAGGGGAAAACAACUUUAAUGACCUAUCAAUGCGCUUCUUAUUUCAAGAUUUUGAAAUGGAUGAAAAUGGUGGCAUUAUCAAGUGCAAAAUGCAUGACAUGGUGCAUGAUUUUGCUAUGUUUCUUACUAGAGGUGAGUGUUUGACAAUGGGAAGUAGUAGCAGCAUUCAAUGUUUCAAUGGCAAAACUCGUCAUUUGUUUUUGAUGAUGCAAACAGAAGAGACUACUGCAAUUCAGACUUGCACUAAAAACUUGCACACUUUGCUUAUUGAGUCAAAUGGAAGAAAUCCUAUUUCUCAUAUUGAAUUAUUUGAAUUGUUUGAUAAGCUUAAAUGUCUCAGGAUAUUGAAAUGUUCAGAUUCUAGAAUUAAAAAGUGUCCAAAACAAAUAGGCAAAUUGAUACAUUUGAGGCAUCUUGACUUGUCAAAAAAUGAGGAGUUAAAGGAAUUGCCUGAGGCUGUGUGUGACUUGUAUAAUUUGCUUAUACUAGCCAUUAGUGGAUGUUACAGACUUAAAAGACUUCCUCAUAGAAUGGGAAAUCUUAUCAACUUGUUGCAUCUUCGGAAUGAGAGGACAGCUUUGAAAUUCAUGCCUAAAGGUUUGGAGAAAUUGACUAGUUUGAAAACAUUGAAUGUGUUUGUGGUAACUCAUAAAGGAGCUGCACUAAGUGAUUUGGCAAACUUGAAUCAUCUUCGUGGGAGUCUUAGCAUAGGAGGAUUGGGAAGUGUUAGAGAUCAGAGGGAAGUAGAAAAGGUGCAACUACAAAAUAAGAAGGGGAUUACUAAUUUGACUCUAAAAUUUGAUCUCAAUGGUUUGCCAGUGAGCCAAGCUAAUGAAUCACCAAGUAUUGUUUUUGAAGCCUUAAAGCCACCUUCAGAUUUGGAAACAUUAGAAUUAAAUGGUUAUCAAAGCACAUUCUCUUUUAUUCAGCCCAAAAUAGUGGGCCACACAAAUCCAAUUGUGUGGGCUGGCCCAAGUUGGAUAACUCCAUUAACCAACCUGAAGAACAUAAAGAUCUGGGGCAGCCACAUGGAACAUUUGCCUCCUUUGUGGAAAUUGCCUUCUCUAGAAUCACUCGUGGUGAAUGGUAUGCAGAAAGUAAAAAAGGUGGGAGUUGAAUUUUUGGGAAUAGAAACAUCUUUGUCUCCAUCUUCAUCAUCCAUUUUCGCCUUUCCCAAUUUGAAGUCACUGACAUUUGAGUUGAUGAAAGAGUGGGAAGAGUGGGAUUAUGAAAGCAGAGGAGAAGGGGAUAUCACAAUCAUGCCACGUCUUUCUUCCUUGACAAUUCAAUUUUGUUCGAAGUUAAAGAAGUUGCCAGAUUAUAUUCUCCAGAGUACUACCCUGCAAGAAUUGACAAUUUUCAACUGUCCAAUUAUUUCAAAACACUGCAAAGAAGACUACCAAUUCUUUAUCGACCGCAUUCCUCACUCCAAAGUGCAAGAUUGGGACUAGGGAGUCGGACUCGGACUUUGAGUAACUCGCAAAAAAGAAAGGUACUGUCUAAUUUUGCUUUGCUCAAUGUCCUUACCCUAUUUGAUUUUGUUUGUUGGUAAGUAAUGGGGCGAAAACACAUUAAUUGCCCAUACACAUUCAAAUAAUAAUAUUAAACCAAACAAAUUACUAGUAAAUGUAGAAGUUGAUAUUUUUGCAUUCUUUUUCUUUCUUUAAAAAAAUUUGCCAUUUUAUAGUACAAGAUGCAUUAAGGCUGAAUUUUAUAUUUUUUUUAUUUUUAAAAUUUCAAUUUUUAAGGUGUAUAUAUUUCAAUUGAUAUAACAUUCUAUUUAGUGAUUUAUGUAAUUUGAGGUAAUUGUUAUUGCUCCUUUUUCUUUCCCACACCAUGGAAGCAAUUUCAUUUUCUGUUUUUCUUUUUCUAAUUAAUUAUUCCUUCUGAUUGCCAUUUUCUUUCCUUCUUUUCAUUUUUAGGAGACCCCAUGUGCAUAGCUUCAGAAGUUGUGGCCAUGGUGGAAGGAUGAUAGACCGGCCUGGCUCGUGGUGCUCACACUAGCUUCCAUGUGUCAGCUUUUUGGCAUAGCUGUUAGUUUCUGGAUUUUUAUUUUCUUAAUUGAAGGGUUAUUUUUGGGCCGUCUGUGUGCUUUAAAAAAAAAAAAAACACCUUUCAAGUUUUCCUAGGAUUUUCUUGUAACCCAUUUUCCUAUUAAAAAGAAAAAAAAGCCCAACAAGGCUUGCACAUGGGAAUGGCUUGGCCUGUGUUACCCACGCCACAUGCCAACCCGGGCACUGGGCAUUAACAAGUGGGCUUUCGUUUUCUUUGUGUGUUUUUGCUAUUUUCAUGGGUCAUUCAGGAUCGAAAAUGAAAAAAAAAAUGUUAUCUUCCGUAUUUUUGUAAUCUCUUUUUUUUUUUUUUAUGGCCUUGUAAUAUUUGUUUUAACAUAGUGAAUUUUCAUUUUGCC